CCGCUGAGGGGGGCCUGCGCCGCCGCCACCACCACCACCAAGGCCCUGGCUCCGGCCUCGGCCUCCACGGCCAUGGAGGUGGGAGGCGGCCCGAGCCAGGCCUCCUCUUCUUCCCCGCCUCGCUACCGCUUGGUGGCGGAGAUCGGGCGGGGCGCCUACGGGGUGGUCUACGAGGCCGUGUCCGGCCGCACCGGGGCCCGCCUGGCCGUCAAGCGCAUCCGCUGCGACGCCCCCGAGAACGUGGAGCUGGCCCUGGCCGAGUUCUGGGCCUUGACCAGCCUCCGGCGCCGCCACCCCAACGUGGUCCGCUUCGAGGAGUGCGUCCUCCAGCGGGACGGCCUCGGGCAGCGGAUGAGCCACGGGAACAAGCAGAGCGCCCUCUACCUCCGCCUGGUCGAGACCUCCCUCAAAGGUGAGAGGAUUCUGGGCUACGCUGAAGAACCGUGCUAUCUUUGGUUUGUCAUGGAGUACUGUGAAGGAGGAGACCUGAACCAGUACAUUCUUUCCCGUAGACCGGACCCCGCUACCAACAAGAGUUUUAUGCUGCAGCUGACAAGUGCCAUUGCCUUCCUGCACAAGAAUCACAUUGUGCACAGGGACCUGAAGCCGGACAACAUCCUGAUCACAGAGACGUCGGGCGCUCCCAUCCUCAAAGUGGCAGACUUUGGGCUCAGCAAGGUGUGCGCUGGCUUGACUGCUCGAGGCAAGGAUGGGGGGAACGAUGACAAGAAUGUGAAUGUGAACAAGUACUGGUUGUCAUCUGCGUGCGGCUCAGACUUCUACAUGGCUCCGGAGGUCUGGGAGGGACACUAUACGGCCAAGGCAGACAUUUUUGCCCUGGGCAUCAUCAUCUGGGCAAUGAUAGAGAGGAUAACCUUUAUUGAUGCCGAGACCAAGAAGGAGCUGCUGGGGACCUAUAUCAAGCAAGGGACUGAGAUUGUACCUGUUGGGGAAGCGCUGCUAGAGAACCCAAAGAUGGAGUUGCACAUCCCCCAGAAACGCAGGACUUCCAUGUCCGAGGGGAUCAAGCAGCUCUUGAAAGACAUGUUGGCUGCUAACCCACAGGACCGACCCGAUGCCUUUGAGCUGGAAUCCAGGAUGGACCAGGUUACUUGUGCUGCUUAAACUCAGGUCAAAGUGUUGGUGUGCUUUGAAAACUGGGGGUUUCUUACCAGGGACCUACAAUCUCCGUGAUCUACAUACAUCAAGGAAAGCUGAGGAUGAUCCAGGCUGAGCACCAGGAUCUCUGGCAAUCCAACUCUUGAGAAUUUUCCUAAAGUUCUACGACACUUAAGAAGGGCAGAAGUUAUUGUAACCCAUUGCAUUAUGAGACUAUUAAAAGUUUUCUUUUUAAUUUACAAUCCCCUCCUCCUCCCCCCGCCCCCAAAUUUGUUUGCCAACUCAUCAGCUUUGUUGAUCAACUAAAUAUGUGCAGAUAAUUCUGGAAUUUCUCUUUUACCUAAACGAAAUACUGUAGGGCAAAAAUUUGAAAAGCAUUUUUUUUCCUGCUGUUGUUGCUGCUGCUAAAUACCAUAACUGUGGACCAAUAUAUGCGUAACAUUUUUCUUGGUGGUGUUUAACAGGGAGCAUUGAAAAGCCUACGAGGAAGAGGAGGUGGUGCUUAGCCUCUAGAUUGGGGGAACUGGGUAAAGUGAACCUGAAUGAAAAAUGAAAUAAUACAUCUUCUCUUUUGAAGAGUAGUUUUGAGCAUUGGGACUUGACAACACAAGGUCUGAUCAUGGCUGUUAACAUGGAGAACCACGUGUAAGGUGUCCCUGAAGUUCAAAGUGCCAUGAUAACAAUGGGAGAUUAAUAUUUGUCUGUGCCAAGCUUGACAAGACGAGAUGCUGGUGAUAGGUAAUGGUUUGCUUGCCUAUCAAAAUCCCCACACCUGCCAGCAGCUGGUGACCUGUUUGGUUGAUUAGCUUGGUCACUUUGAGUUGAUCCCUUGAUAGGGGCCUCGUCUGCAUGUUUGCCUAUUUUGUCUUUCAGCCUGCUUCAGGGCCCCUUUGGUAGAUCUUACCUAGAUCUCCUUCGGCUUUUUACGUGAUAAUCAGAUUUUUUAAAUACACACACACAUAGAGAGAAUGUGUGUGUGUGUUAGAACUGCCAUGCAGACCUCUUGUAUAAAACACACAGUUAUUGUUGUGAGUGCCCAUCUCUCUCCUUGUUAUUUGCUCUUCUGUCGGCCCUGUAGAUCUGGCUGGUCUUUUUCUAAAAUGCUUAGGUAUCUACACUAACUGCACAAGGUGGUGUUGGGGAAGAUUUUGUCCCCAUGCUUUCUCUUCAGCUGGUCUUGUUGGGUGGAACAACUACAUUGCAAACACUGCUUCUUAUUCCUUGCACUUUCACUCAGCUCAUAGCCAUGAAGAAAGCAGAUAGAUCGGGAUCGUAACUUGCACAUCUCUGAUUUGGGCCCCUUGUUAGGGGAUUGUAUAUCUUGACACGACUACUGAGACUGCUUUGCUAUAGUCAGUGUUUGGAAGAGAUGUUGUGAUGUAUACUUUGUGACUCUUGGAAGGUAUUGCUUCUGUAAACACGGACCACAAGAGAA